AUGUCACAAUACACCCCGGAAACACUAGAAUCCCUCCUAUCCACCCUAUCAAUAGCUGGCGAAGCCGACCACGUCUCUGUCUUGAAGCAUGCGAACAACGUCCUGAAGUCCGAGAAAUCGCACAAGCGGGCAUUACAUACUAAGGCAGUGGCACUAAUAAACCUCGACCGCUACGAGGACGCAUUCUCGCAGCUCUCGGUACCCGAGCUGGCGGGAGAGGCGGCACUAGAGAGGGCCUAUUGUCUUUACAAGUUGGGGAGCCUGGAGGAUGCGUUGGCCGCUGCGGUAGAGGGCAAUUGGGGUGAUAGGAAGGAUGACAGGGGGUUGAAGCAUGUUGAGGCUCAAGCUGUAUGCUCUUGCCCCCCAAUCCCAUCUAUGACUUGUUCUACGACUGACGGAGGAGGGAUACAAUGGGUAGGCAUACAGAUUGGAAAAAUUUGAUCAAGCGGCGGGAAUAUACGCGGGACUAUCCAGGGGCGGGUACCAAGCGGAGAACGAAGACUACGAUAUGAGCGUCAACAUCAGUGCCACGAACGCGCAAUUGGUUUGGGCGAACGGGUCGGCGGCAUCGGGGGGGAAGGGUAACAAGGUUGACAGGAGCGCUCUGGAUUCGUUCGAGACUGCAUUCAACUCCGCGUGCGGAGCUAUUGCCCGGCGCGCGUUCGAACAGGCUCUCGUUUUAUUAAAGAGGGCGAGAGAGUUGGGGUUGCUGUUGGAGGACCUUAGCGAGGAGGAGAGGAAGGUUGAGGUUGCGCCGGUUCUGGCUCAAGAGGCUUAUGUGCUUGCAAAGAUGGGGAGGUGGAAGGAGGCGUUGGAGAGGUCGAAGGAGUUAGAUAUUCCUAGGUUUGCACCCGCAUAGAGAUCAAGGUCUGAACCGGGUAGCUGAUUGGGUCGUGCUAGCAUCACCGAUACUUCACUGAAAGCCGUUGCUACAAACAACGAGAUCGCCAUAACCUCUAGACUGCCAGAUUAUAACCCCCAUUUAUCACUCAUCACGCCGGCCGGGUCAGCUACUACAUCUGUCUCCUCAAAAGCAUUCCUAUUCCAGUCCAAGACGCUCGGCAGAAACCGCGCAGUGCUGGAAUUAGAAGCCGGAAAGGCCCAAGCCGCAAAGAAGCAGGCUCUAGCACACCUACAAAAUCACCCCCACGACAGCGAAGCAAGUGUUAUCCUGGCCGCCGCCCGCGAGGACAAGGUCGAGAAGCUGGUCAAGAAGAGCCCCGGCGACCUCGGCCUCUCGCUGACUCUGGCGCAAUUGCGUAUGCGAAGCGGAAAUAUCACCGGAGCUAUUGCCGCAGUAGAAAAUGUUAUAUCCGCUGCCCCGGAGGACCAGAAGUAUCUCCCGGGUGUGAUCGGCCUGCUCGUGGGACUAUACCAACACCAAGGCAGACGCCAACACGUCAAAGAUAUCCUUUCGAAAGCCAGCGAAUACUGGAAGAACUCCCCGACCCCCGUAAAUCCUCCCUCCUUCCCCUCCCCAGCCAACCCACUGGCACUAAUGCUAAUAAUAAAAUUAGAACCAUCCCCUCCUCCGCGCCUCGGCAAAAGCCCACCUCGACAACCCCACCUCAACAGACUCAGACCUGCGCUCGGCGCAUUCAAUCUUCGAAAUUCUACUAGCCCACUCUCCUAGUGAUCCCUUCGCAGCCGCGGGUCUUCUCGCCUCCACCCCCUCCUCGCCCGCAUCCCCCCCUCCUCCUCAGCACCUCCAACAAAAACUAACCCCCCUCGAAAAACUGAUCUCAACAAUCGAUGCAGCGGCCCUAGAAGCCGCAGGCGUCGCCCAGCCACCUCCGAGGAAACGCUCCGCGGAGGAGAUGGAGGGGAUAGGCGGGAAGGCUGGAGCGAAGGUUGCAUGUAAGAAGAAAAAGGCACACAAAUUUGAUAGCAGCAAGACGCCGGAUCCCGAGCGGUGGUUGCCGCUUUGGGAUCGGAGUGGGUACAAGCCGAAGGGAAAGAAGGGGAGGGGGCGGGUGGGCGGCGGCGGCGGUGGCGCUACGCAGGGUGGGGGAGGAGGUGCGGGGGAAGAAAGUAUGGAAUUGGCGGGUGGCGGAAGGGUGGACGUACUCAAGGUUAACGCGAACAAACCGAAGAAGAAGAAGAAGAAGGGGGGGAAGUGGUAG